AAUAUCAAGAAAAUAAAUCAACGAAAGAUUUUGAUAUUUCGGUGGCUAAUUAUUACCCAAAUUAAUUUUAAAAAUGUCGGGGAUUGUUAAAUCAAAGGAUAUUAAACCAGAACCGAUAGCAUAUAGUGAAGCGGCCCUCAGAAAUAAUGCGGCAGUUGUCGAAUAUUGUAGAACAUCGAUGGCUGCGUUAUCGGGUUCCGCCGCAGGUGUCCUUGGACUUACAGGAUUGUAUGGCUUUGCAUUUUAUGUAUUUGCAGUAAUAAUUUUGUGGGCGAUGUUUAUGAUUAAAGCUGGUUCAGAAUGGAAUAAGUACUAUAUAUCAAGACCAAGUCUGCUGACAAAUGGAUUUUUUGGUGCAUUAUUUACAUAUGUUUUAUUCUGGACCUUUAUUUAUGGAAUGGUACAUGUUUAUUAGUGUAAAAUAUGAGUAUAAUUAAAAGUAAAUAUUAAUAU